AUUUGUGUGAGAGAGAACCAAGGAUAUUACUAAAAAUGAAAGGGAAGCUGGGUUCCUCCUGGGCAAACAGCCCUCUGUGGCUCUAUUUGUUCUAACUACUAUGCCUGCCUUCAUGUACUUUGGUCAUUUAGGGGCCUGCCAGAGGACAGUUAUAAAAUCUGUGGUCAUUCUGCAGGCAGCGUAUAGUUUUCAUCCAGAGUCCAGAUCUAACCGGCAAAACUCUGUCUUACACAGGCUGACUUAGAAUUAGAGUCCUUAUAGCAGAAAGAGCAGCAGGGCUGUCCUUGGGUAUCUGUUGCUCAGCCAAGUCAUCAAAUAAAAAGGCUGAUUGCACAAGUGGAGUAUGUACCAAUCUGUGGGUUUCUGCAUGGCCAAGAGUCAGUCCCUCCCUCCUGGCUCUGCUGGCCCAACCCACCAAGGGAUGCUUUAUUUAAACAGUUCCAAGAAGGAGAGACCAGCUGCCCCUGAACCCCAGAACAACCAGCUGGAUCAAUUCUCACAGGAGCCACAGCGCGGAGACUGGGAAACAUGGUUCCAAAACCGUUCACUUCCCAAAUUUGUCUGCUUCUUCUGUUGGGGCUUAUGGGUGUGGAGGGCUCACUCCAUGCCAAACCCCGACAGUUUACCUGGGCUCAGUGGUUUGAAAUCCAGCACAUCAAUAUGACCUCCCAGCAAUGCACCAAUGCAAUGCGGGUCAUUAACAAUUAUCAACGGCGAUGCAAAAACCAAAAUACUUUUCUUCGUACCACUUUUGCUAAUGUAGUUAAUGUUUGUGGUAACCCAAAUAUGACAUGUCCUAGUAACAAAACUCGUAAAAAUUGUCAUCAAAGUGGAAGCCAGGUGCCUUUAAUCCACUGUAACCUCACAACUCCAAGUCCACAGAAUAUUUCAAACUGCGGGUAUGCGCAGACACCAGCAAACAUGUUCUAUAUAGUUGCAUGUGACAACAGAGAUCAACGACGGGACCCUCCACAGUAUCCAGUAGUUCCAGUUCACCUGGAUAGAAUCAUCUAAGCUCCUGUAUCAAUACUCCUCGUCAUCACUCAUCUGCCAAGCUCCUCAAUCAUAGCCAAGAUCCCAUCUCUCCAUGUACCCUGGGUAUCAGCAUCUGUCCUCAUCAAUCUCCAUACCCCUUCAGCUUUCCUGAGCUGAAGUCCCUUGUGAAGCCUGCAAUAAACUGCUUUGCAAAUUCA